UAUUUUUUUUUCUACGAUGCCCGGUAGUAAGUCUAGGUCGCGAUCGAGGUCAAAGUCGAGGAGCAAGUCUCCUGCGACUGCGGCAAAGGCAGCGUCUCCGAAGCGGAAGUCGAACUCGAGGAGUAAAUCUCCCAAGCCUGCGAGCAAAACCAGAAAGCGCAGCAGGUCCAGGAGUAAAUCCGCAAAGCGUUCAAAACGCAGGAGGUCGGCUUCGAAGAAACGCAGUAAGUCCAGGAAGAGGUCCGCUUCAAAGAAACGCAGUAAGUCUAAGAAACGAUCUGCUUCAAAGAAGCGCAGCAAGUCCAGGCGAAGGCGCAGCAAGUCCAAGAAGCGCAGCAAGUCCAAGAAGAGGUCCGCUUCAAAGAAACGCAGUAAGUCCAGGAAGAGGUCCGCUUCAAAGAAACGCAGUAGGUCCAAGAAGAGGUCCGCUUCCAAGAAGCGCAGUAAGUCCAAGAAGAGGUCCGCUUCAAAGAAACGCAGUAAGUCCAGGAAGAGGUCCGCUUCAAAGAAACGCAGUAGGUCCAAGAAGAGGUCCGCUUCCAAGAAGCGCAGCAAGUCCAAGAAACGAUCCGCUUCCAAAAAACGAAGCAAAUCUGGACGUAGACGAAGCAAGUCCAAGAAAAGGUCCGGGUCAAAGAAACGAAGCAAGUCCAAGAAAAGGUCGGCUUCAAAGAAACGCAGCAAGUCUAGGCGAAGGAGAAGCAAGUCUAAGAAGAGGUCUGCGUCAAAGAAACGCAGCAAGUCUAGGCGUAGGAGAAGCAAGACCAAGAAGGCUUCAAAGAAACGCAGCAAGUCCAAGAAGAGGUCUGGCUCAAAGAAAAGGAAGAGCAGAUCCAGGCGCAGGAAGAGCCAGAAGCGCAGCAAGUCUGGAAAACGCAGGAGCAGGUCCAGAAGGCGUCGUACUGGCAAGGUGGGUGCCGUAAUGAAGAUGGUGGCACAUGCCAUCGCCGCAAACGGUACCAAGAAGGGCGCUUCCCCGCAGGCAAUCCGCAAGUACGUGGCUGCGCACAGCAAACUGACAGGCGGGUUCCUGAACUUCGUGGUGAGGCGUGUCAUCGCCGCUGGUGUGAAGAACGGCAUGUUGACCAAGAGUGGUUCAGGCUUCAAGCUCAAGAAAGCCACAAAGGGGAAGAGGCGUGCCAGGAAGGCCAGCAAGCGCGGUGCACGUAGGAGGAAGGCACCCAAAAAGGCCGGAAAGAAGGCAAAGAAGACCGUGAAGAAGGCCAAGAAGACAAAGAAGGCCAAGAAGGCGAGAAAGAGUCGCCGUCGCGUGAGGCGCGCCUCCCCAAAGGCCGCUAGGAAAUCCAUGCGCAGAGCCUCCCGUCGAAGGCAUCAUUAAGCUGUACAGACACAGCUAGACAAAACGGCCCUUUUUAGGGCCCCAAGA